AUGCCGCAGCCUCAUGGCCCCUCAACGUCUACUUUGUUUGUCGAUGCAAAAAAUGCUGUUCUUUUGCAGACGGCCAAAGGCUACAUUUCUCCGGCCACGAAUUCUCAGCAAACGGCCGCGGCGCGUCUAAUUUUCGAUAGUGGAAGCCAAAGGUCAUACAUCUCCGCAAGAUUACGAGACUCCUUAGCCCUGCCAACCGUUGGCCGCGAAACAUUGACCAUAAAAACUUUCGGAGAAGAAGAAGGCGAAAUCAAGGUAUGUGACGUCACUCAGUUCUGUGUGAGAAGUCCAUAUAACGAUACGAUUGUCUACGUUACAGCUUAUGUUGUUCCCGUUGUCUGCUCACCACUACAAAAUCAGGAGAUAAAUUUUGCAACUCAAGCAUACCCUCAUCUUGCAACUCUCCCCUUAGCUGAUUUCCAAAUAUCCUCAUGCUCUUCAGAAAUUGAUAUUCUCAUUGGACUGGACUUUUAUUGGUCAUUCGUAUCUGGAGGAUGUAUAAGGGGGGAGAAAGGGGGUCCUUGUGCCCUUGAAUCUACACUUGGAUGGAUACUGUCCGGAGAAAUACAAAAUUGUAAGGAAUUAAGGCCUGUAUCCACGAACCUGACGCAAACACACGUUUUAAAGGUGGCAGAACGUACCCUAGACGACACAGUAUCUGACUUCUGGAAAUUGGAGAGUCUUGGAAUAGAUCAAAGGAGGGAAAACUCGGUCUAUCAACAGUUCGAAGAAGAGAUUCAAUUCAAGAACGGGCGUUACGAAGUUAAGCUCCCCUGGAAGCCGAACCAUCCUCUUCUGCCAGAUAACUACGUUUUGUGUCGCAAGAGACUUCAAGGACUGUCUCACAAAUUAAAGGCAGAUUCAAAUUUAAUGAAAGAAUACAGCUCUAUAAUGAAAUUACAAGAAGAAAUGGGCAUAAUUGAAAGGGUAAAGGACGACCAAGAAGCCCCAGUAGGCCAUACCCACUAUCUGCCGCAUCAUCCCGUCGUGAGACAAGACAAGUCAACAACAAAGGUUAGAAUUGUGUAUGACGCAUCCGCUAGCGUUGCUGGAGGAGCCUGCUUGAACAACUGCCUAUUCGAAGGACCAUGUCUCCUUAAGACAGUUGCAGAAAUUCUCGUCAAAUUCCGGCUUCAUCGAGUAGCUCUGACGUCAGACAUCGAAAAGGCGUUUCUAAUGAUAUCCAUUCACAACUCUGAUCGCGAUGUACUGCGUUUUCUGUGGUUCACGAAUAUUGAAGAAACAAUGGAGAUACAAGAGUAUAGAUUCUGCCGAGUGGUAUUUGGAGUUUCAUGCAGCCCGUUUCUUCUGAAUGCCACGCUCAGGAGACAUAUUGAAAGUUACGCCGCAGAAGAACCAGAAAUAUGCAACAAGCUCAUCAACUCUUUAUAUGCUGACGACAUAAACUCAGGAAGUCACACAAUCGAAGAAGCUUUUGAAUUGUAUGAAAAAUCAAAAAGAUUGAUGCAGAAAGGAGGUUUUAAUCUGAGAAAAUGGCGCUCCAAUUCGUCAGAAGUAAUGAAUGCAAUUCGACAACAAGAGAGCUCAGAUGCAGUCAACUGUGAAAACACUCGAAUGCAUCGCGAAGAUGAUGAAUCCUUCGCCAAAUCCACAACUGGAAAACUCACGACAGAAGAAGCAAGUGAUGCCAAGGUGCUAGGUGUUCCAUGGAACAGUGAAACUGAUGUGCUUAGCUUCAAGCUGUCACAUUUGGCUGAAUUAACAAAGGAAAACAAGGUCACGAAGAGAGCUAUUUUAAGAACAAUAGCGAGCUUAUUCGACCCAUUAGGACUAAUCACUCCCAUCAGCACACCCUUGAAAGUAUUCUUACAACAGCUUUUCGAAUCAAAGCUCGAAUGGGAUGAACAAGUUCCAGAGCAUUUCCAGAAAGAUUGGAUAGUCAUGAUGUCACAGCUCAAGCGCAUCGGGAAGGUGUCUGUGCCAAGAUAUUACUUCAGCGAUAUCCCAUCAAUUAAAAAACCCGAAAGAAUUCAGUUGAUUGGUUUCUGCGAUGCCUCAGAAAAAGCGUAUGCUGCUGUCGUCUAUGCCAGAGUUACAACGGACGAUAAAGCAUCUGUAACCCUUGUUAUGUCAAAGUCACGAAUUGCUCCUCUUUCUCGAAUGACUAUCCCUCGACUCGAGUUGUUAUCAUGCCUGAUUCUUGCAAGGUUGAUCACUGCACUCAAAGAAAUGCUCAGUCCCUUGAUAGAGAUAGACAUAUCACAUUGCUUUACCGACUCUAUAAGCGCUCUUUAUUGGAUCAAGGGAGCAUCAAAGGAAUGGAAACUUUUCGUGGAAAACAGAGUACAAGAAAUAAGAAAACUUGUUGGCCCUGAAAGGUGGUUGCACUGUAGGGGUAAAGAAAAUCCAGCAGACAUACCCACAAGAAAGGCGAGUGUGGCAAAGCUUGCAGAGGGAUCGACAUGGUGGAGAGGCCCAACUUGGCUUGCAAAUGAUCACGUAUCGAUUCCUAUAGCUCAAGAAUUGUUCGAGACAGAAGAGAUGCCAAGCGACUGCAGCAGCGAGUUGAAAGCUUCAGACCCUUCUAAGACAACGGUUCUAAGUACGUCCGCAGAGAUUACGCACAAUCUUCCAGAAAUAAUCCAUAUUGAAAGAUACAGCUCUUACAACAAGGUGUUACGAAUAACAGCGUACGUACUUCGAUUUAUCUACAACAUUAGAAAUAGAGACGACAGAAAAACAGAAGAACUCUCAGCUAAGGAAAUGGAAACGGCAGAAAAUAUCCUUAUUCAGUCCGCACAAAUGACCAUCAACAAGGCCUACGUCAAGAAAAUAGAGCCACAACUCGAUGUAUUCAAGGAUAAGGAUGGAAUUUUGAGAUGUGGUGGUCGUCUGAAUAAUUCAAAUCUAGAUGUUCAAGCCAAGAAUCCCAUAUUACUACCUAGAGACAGCCAGUUGACCAUCCUGAUCAUCCUUCAAAGUCAUUCGAACGUCAUGCAUAACGGCGUGAAGGAGACCCUUGCAGACUUACGAUCACGAUUUUGGAUUGUCAAGGGCCGUCAGCUUGUGAAGAAGACAAUCAGACCGUGCAGAUUGUGCAUCCGUAUCCAAGGCCAGUCAUACGGAGAACCGAAAAUGAGCCAACUGCCAGAUUUUCGCGUUUACGAGGCACACGCAUUUGACGCAGUCGGCAUUGACUUUGCAGGCCCUCUGUACGUAAGAACGGAAGACAAUUCACUGAAGAAGGUGUAUAUAGCUUUAUUUACGUGUGCUACCACUAGAGCGUUACACAUUGAAGUUGUACCAGAUAUGACAACCAAUACCUUUUUAUUGUGUCUCAAGCGUUUCGUUAGUAGAAGAGGGAUUCCAAGAAUCAUCGUAACAGAUAAUGCAAAAACAUUCAAAGCGGCUUCAAAAAUACUCGUCAAGCUCUUCAAGUCAAGGGAAAUAAGUAAUUACCUUACAGAUAGAAAGAUACGAUGGAAAUUUAACCUUGCUAAGGCCCCAUGGUGGGGUGGAUUCUACGAGAGACUAAUACGCGGAAUAAAAUCAUGUCUUAAAAAGAAUUUAUCAAAGGCGAAACUCUCUUAUGAUGAGAUACAGACCAUCAUUAUACAAAUCGAAUCGGUAUUAAACUCAAGACCUCUUACAUAUCUUUAUUCAUCGGAACUCGAAGAACCGUUAACGCCCUCUCACCUUGUAAUCGGGAGAAGACUACUUAGUCUACCAGAACGGUAUUUCGAAGAAGAUAUCGACUACAACGAGACGGCAGACGUUGCAAGAAAAAGGGAACAGCAUGUUGCUCGAGUUUUUCAGCAUUACUGGCGGCGCUGGAAGAAAGAAUAUCUAAUCGAUCUUCGGGAAUAUCACAAGGUGCCAAAUAAGACUUGUGAUAGACCAAAUAUCAACAUCGGAGAUGUCGUUACGGUUCAAGAUGAAAACAUUCGAAAUCGCAUUGAAUGGAAACUUGGUCGAGUUGCAGAUUUAAUCAUAGGACGCGAUGAUGUGACCCGCGGUGCCAGAAUUCAGCUAGCUAACGGAAAUUUCAUAGAACGACCAAUUCAAAAACUGUUUCCGUUAGAACUUUCUUCAGAGCCCAAAGAAGCCUGUGCGACCAAUGAAAAAACGACAAGGUCCGAGGACAAGCAAGAAAAAACAAAGAGAAAGGCAGCAGUCAUCGCGCAAGAAAGUAUUCGAAUUAUUGACCAGCUUGAGGAAGAUAACGAACUAUGA